AUGGUUCCCCCUCCGGUCCCCCUCAUAGCAGCACCCCCCAGCUCCAUCGGGGUAGGAUCAGAGGUGCUGGGGGAUGGAACUGACGGACCCCGAUCCUUACGUCCGCGGGAGGCCAACAGGUUAUCCAACUGGAUGGAUAGGUCCACCAGCUGGUCCAGGUGGAUGAUCGAAAACCGCCCGGAAGCGGCGGGUGAAAUCUUUGUAGUUGUCCAACGUCGGGCCUUCUCUUCCCCAGAUGGCGUUGGCCCAGACCAGUGCUUUUCCAGUCAGACAAGAGAUGAGGGCGCUCACUCUCUUGCGUCCCGAGGGGGCCGGCUGAACAGCUGCCAGGUAGAGUUCCAGCUGGACCUGUCUUGUGCUGAGGACGAGAUAGCACCUCUAUCCUGCCCAGAGUACCAAGAGGGCUUUGACGGCUCCUGUUAUGAGUUUGUGGGUCUACCUCGUUCGCGUUCCUUCCUCAGUGCACAGGGUUGGUGUGAGCGAGGUGGUGGACACCUGGCCUUCAUUUUAAACGACGAAACCCAGCAGUUCCUACAGAAGCACCUGCAGCCGGAGCAGGACUGGUGGCUGGGUCUGGCACCUGCCUCCCCAAACCUAACACUGGACUCUGCUGCUGCUGAGGGUCCUCUCUCCUGGCUUGAUGGCUCUGAUGUCAGCUACUCUAACUGGGUGAACGACCCUGAUCCAGGGGCUGGCUGUGGUCACAUACUGAGGAGCUCAGGGUUUCAAUGGGAGGCAACAAGCAACUGUAGCCAGGAGCUGCACUUCAUCUGCCAAUUUGAAUCUGGGCGCUCCAUUGCUUGUGCUGACCACAAUGCGACACUACUGUGUGGUUCUGGUCAGGUGAUAGAGAUUGAUGACAGCUUCUAUGGUCGUAAGACGGUUCACUACUGCCGGACGAGUCCCGCUUCUUCAGCCACCUCCACACAGGAGGAGUGUAGCUGGAUAGAUGUUGUAGAUUCAGUGACAGGAGACUGCCAUGGGCUGCAGGCAUGCCAGGCCACGGCAGAUGUGGCCUCUUUUGGUGAACCAUGCCCAGGGCUUGGAAGCUACCUGUCUGUGGAAUACAGCUGCAAAGAUGGUCUCCACUUAUUAAUGAGCAAGUUGGCUGCCGUCUUUGACAAUGUCUCCAUAACAGUGAAGUGGCUUCUCCAUCCCUUCCAGGGCAACCUGACCUGCACUCUAAGUGCUGGAGAUGGGCACAACAUCGAUCCUUAUAGUCCAGAAGAGUUGGAGAGCAGUGUGGUUCAUAAAUACACUCGUCCGGGUGUCUUCAUAGUUGGGGUGGAGUGUACCACCAGUGAGUGGCAUGUGACAGCUCAGAAAGCCAUCACCAUUCAGGAGCCCAUCGGGGAGUUUGGUGUCAUUAAGUGCUAUAGCGUGAACCAAUCAACAGAUGGAGCAAACUGCAAGGCCCUGUAUGGCAGUCCCCUUCAAAUCCAGGUUGAAGUAGAAGCUGGUACGAAUGUGACCUACAAAAUCCACCGUGGUGAGAUGUUGGUGGCCAAUUCAUCAGCAGUCAGAGGAAUCGUCCCCCACAACAUCACAGUGGGACCAGAGGUGGAGCAACAGCUGGGAUCUGGCUGCCACCAGCUGACCCUGCAUGCCUCUAACGGGGUCUCGGUCUUGGGCGUGUCCACUGAGCUGCAGGUGUGUCUGCUAGAGCCUGUGGAGGGCCUGCUGGGAUCAGUGAUGGCUGAGGAGGGAGAGUGUCCAGACUCAGACCUCUACGUUAGUGUCUCCCUGGACCGGGGGGCCCCGGUGCAGCUUCUCUUCCAAGUGUCUGGAGCCAACGACAGCAUCUCCGAGACCAGAGACAUGCAAAACAGAAGCAUGCAGGUUUACAAUAUCUCAACCACUAUCCAAGAUAAACAUUUGCGCUGCAGUUAUGGAAAUGAAGUAAAGUCUAUCUUCCUACCUCUCGGGAACAAAAGUUACAACUACAGUCUGUCUGUGGUGGUUACUCUAACAAAUGGGGAUAGAAAAACCAAUGCCACAAUCACCACUGAGGUGUGGCCAGCCAACUCCAGUUCCUCAGUGGAGAAUCUGCAGUCUGUGGUUGACAACACUGUCGCUCAGCUACAGCAGCAGGGGUUGCUCACUGGGGAGACCCUAGGACAGAUGUUCAAGUCUGUGUCCGACAUUCUGAACAAGGGCUCCAGUGAGGAUCAGAAAGGUGCCAGGGAGGAGCUGCGAGAACAGAUGCUGAGCACCAUGACUGCAGUGCUGAAGAAUGUCCCCAACAACACUCCUCAGGAAGUGCAGCUGACGGCCAGAGCAGUGGCAGGGAUCACCAAGAGGAGGGAAGAGGUCAAUUCUGCUGCUCAGCUAGAAGCUAGCUCCCUGGUGGCAGACCUCAGCUCUUCCCUCCUCUAUAUGAAUGUCAGUGAGCAUGGUGGAGAAGAGAUGGUGCAGGCAGCUACACCAAUUGUAGAGGCAGCCAGCAAUAUCCUGGGAGUCUCUUCAAAUGCAAGCACACAGAGAAAGGUCUCAAAGAUUCUCCUGAACAGUAUGGACAAUGUGCAGAGUGCACUGUUAAAUGGCAAAAAGGUUGGUCAGGAGCCUGCCAUUAUCAAGAGCCCUGAGAUCAGUGUGUAUGCUAACAGGAUGUCUCCAAAUAGCAUUCAGAUGCAGUCUAUAAACAUCCCAGAUAGCUCCUCUGCAAGCUUUUCCUUCCCUCACCUGGGUGCUGAUGUCCUUUCUCCAGAGGAACCAGUGGAUGUGCGAAUGCUGAGUUUUGAGAAGAACCCUUAUUCUUGGAGUGAGGGGGGUAACGUCAGUGGUGCCAUGGGGUCUGUGACACUCACCAGACAGGAUGGAUCAGCCAUCCCUGUGGAGAACCUGUCUGAGGAAAUUGAGAUCCUCUUGCCGAGACUUGAAGGCGGGCAGGUAAACAGCACAAUCCUUGACCUGGGAAACUACAGCACACUGAUGAUUGACGUCCCUUCACCAGACAUAACACUGGUGCUGAAGAUGGAGCCCUCAGAGGACAUACCAUUUGUACUGUUGCUGGGGUAUAAAGACUACCCAAAGGACAAGCAAUAUAUAGCCAAGACGCAGAUGCCUCACCAAGGCAAUUCACAAGAGAGAUACACCUGGGUCCUGGGUCCCAAUGAUUUGACAGGAAAAGUUGGGGUGCAUUACCUUGUGGUGAGGCCCAUUGUAGAAGCAGGGGUUAAAUCCGUCAAUGCCACUGUGACUGUCACCUCCAUUGCUGCCCAGUGCAAGUAUUGGAAUGAAACCUUAUCCACCUGGAGUGAAGAUGGCUGCAGGGUUGGUCCUUUAACCACGUCAUUGGUCACUCAGUGCUUAUGUAACCACUUGACCUUCUUCGGGAGCUCUUUCUUCGUCAUGCCCAACCUUGUGGAUGUGUCCCGUACCGCUGAGCUCUUUGCCACCUUCUCAGACAACCCUGUGGUGGUGUGCUUUGUUUGUGCCAUCUUCAUUGCUUAUCUCUUGGUGGUCGUGUGGGCACGCAGGAAGGACAUCCAGGACAUAGCCAAGGUGAAGGUGACAUUGUUGGAAGAUAAUGACCCCUUGGCUGAAUACCGUUACAUACUGAAUAUCAGCACUGGGCAUCGGCGUGGUGCUUCCACCUCCUCUCAGGUUACUGUGACUCUGCUGGGCAUGGAGGGAGAGAGUGAGCCACACCACCUCACUGACCCUGACAAGCCUGUUUUUGAGAGGGGUGCAGUGGAUACGUUCCUGUUGACCACACCCUUCUCUCUGGGGGAGCUGCAGAGCAUCAGGCUGUGGCACGACAACUCAGGGGGGCACCCUGCCUGGUAUAUAAACAAAGUGACGGUGCAGGAUCUAGAAACUGGACAGAAGUGGCACUUCCUGUGUCACUCAUGGCUGGCCAUAGAUAUGGGCCAGUGCAUCCUUGAUAAAGUAUUCCCUGUUGCCUCUGACACGGAUUUGAAGAAAUUCAGUAAUCUGUUCUUCAUGAAAACGGCAAAGGAUUUCCGUGAUGGCCACAUCUGGUUUUCUGUGAUCAGCCGGCCUCCAACGAGCACCUUCACAUGUGUCCAGCGAGUCUCCUGCUGUUUCUCUCUGCUGCUCUGCACCAUGCUGACCAGCAUCAUGUUCUGGGGCAUCCCUACCGACCCCUCUGAGCAGACCAUGGACCUGGGUCAUAUCGAGUUCACCUGGCAGCAGGUGAUGAUUGGAGUUCAGAGUUCAAUCAUAAUGUUUCCAAUUAAUCUCCUCAUUGUGAGUAUCUUCAGAAACACCCGCCCCCGAGAGACGAAGCCUGGAAAGCCCAAGGCAGAGGUGUCCAAGCAGGGGAAGACUGGCAGAGUGACUCCCUCACAGCCCCCCUCCCCACAGAGGGAGAGAGAACUCACACCAGACACUGUCAUCAAGGACAUAAAGAAGAUUGCUCAGUCACUCUCCAAGGCUAUGAAGAGCCCCAUUCCACGCCUGGAGUUAGAGAUGAAGCCUGGACAACAAACUGAUAUCAACACCCUGCUCUCUCUGGUGGAGGACAUCAUCCGGCAGCAGAACCGAGCCGGUGGAGAGUUCUACACUGAUGCCUCCAAGAAAGAGGGAUCGCUCAUUCUCUCACUAGGGGUAGCCAAUCUGCAAGAAAGCAGCCUGUGUGGGAGCCCUGAGAAGACUGGGGAUGGGAGACAGAAAAGGAGCACCAACAGCCAGUAUCUGUACAGGCAGCUACGCCAUGUAGAGAAGGAGCUGAGCCUACUGGGACCUUCUCGCUUCCCCAACCCAGACAGCUACUGCCGGGCAGUGCAGCAGGUCCAAGGCAUGAGGGGGCUGCUAGAGUCCCACCUCUCCUCUUCCAGCCUGGGAGGGGACCAGCUGUCUCAAAGCCCCAGCCCAGCAGAGAGCAGUGAGGGAGACAGCAGCAGUAAGAAGCAGGGCGGGCUGCCCUGGUGGUUUGUGUUUAUUGGCUGGAUUCUGGUGUUAGCCACCAGCGGAGUAUCAGGAUACUUCACCAUGAUGUAUGGGCUGACCUAUGGGAAGGACCGCUCUAUAAGCUGGCUCAUCUCCAUGGUCGUGUCUUUCUUUGAGAGCCUCUUUAUCACUCAGCCGCUGAAGGUGCUAGGUUUUGCAGCCUUCUUUGCUCUUGUUCUGAAGAAAGUUGAUCAGGAGGAGUAUGGGGAUGCAAAGUUUGAGGGGGAGCUCCGAAACCCAGAUGACCCUGAUGCGGUGCGGGCUGUCCGGAGGGAUAGCACAUGCAGCUUCUACCAGCCCCCUCCUCCAACAGACAUCGAGAGGAUGAGGAGCAACAAGAUCAAGGAGCAGAAGGUCUUUGCCCUCAUCAAAGAGAUUCUCACCUACAUGGGGUUCAUGUGGAUGUUACUCCUGGUGGCGUAUGGCCAGCGGGACCCUAAUGCUUACUUCCUGACUCAGCACAUUCGGCAGAGUUUCAGCCAAGGGAUCUCAGACAGCAUGAGUCACAAAGAUGUGUUCACCUGGGCAAAUAACUCUCUUCUCAGCAACCUCUUUGGAGAGUACCCAGGUUUCAUCACAGAUGGGAACUCCAAACUGGUUGGUAAUGCCCGUCUUCGCCAAGUGAGGGUGCAGAAGAACUCCUGCCGCAUCGCCCGCUCCAUGCGCCAGGCUGUACCUGACUGCCAUGCUCCAUACUCAUGGGAGGUGGAGGACAUGGGCUCCUAUGGGCCAGGCUGGGACCGCUCUGUGAGCGAAAACACCUCAAAGACCCUCCGCAGUCCCUGGCAGUACCAAACCCAGGCCAGACUCAGAGCCCAACCCAUCUGGGGCAGUGUGGUCCUCUACAGGGGAGGGGGGUUUGUGGUGGACCUGGGCCCGGAGUCGCAGAAUGCUAGCAGUACCCUUCAGUAUCUGUUUGACAACACCUGGCUUGAUAUGUUCACCCGAGCAGUUUUUGUAGAGUUCACAGUGUACAAUGCCAAUGUCAACCUCUUCUGCACUGUCACACUCAUGCUGGAGACCACAGCUGUAGGAGCGUUCCAGUUUCGCAGUGAGCUGCAGAGUGUCCGACUAUACCAGUCCACCGGUGGACUCCAUAUCUUUGUCAUGGCCUCUGAGGUCAUCUAUUUCCUCUUUAUCCUCUACUAUAUGUAUGUUCAGGGAAAGCUGAUGAAGCAGCAGAAGUGGGCUUACUUCAAGACAAAGUGGAACCUGCUGGAGCUCGCCAUCAUCCUCCUGAGCUGGAGCGCGCUGUCUGUCUUCAUUAAGAGGACCCUGUUAGGGAACCGGGACAUGGAGUACUACCACAACCAUAAAGACCAGUUUGCCAGUUUCCAUGAGACAGCCACAGCAGAUGCAGUGCUGGGGUAUCUGAUCGCAUUCCUGGUGCUACUGGCUACAGUCAAACUGUGGCAUCUGCUGAGGCUCAACCCCAAGCUACACAUGAUCACAGCCACACUGCAACGGGCCUGGACUGACAUAUCAGGCUUCCUCGUGGUCAUCACCAUUAUGUUCCUGGCCUAUUCUAUCGCUUCUUAUCUAAUGUAUGGCUGGAAGCUGUAUUCAUAUAGGACUCUCCUGGAUGCUGCUCUGACCAUGGUUAGCUUGCAACUGGGCAUCUUCAACUAUGACGAGGUUCUUGAUUACAACCCGGUGCUUGGUGCGUUCCUCAUCGGCUCCUGCAUUAUAUUCAUGACCUUUGUGGUUCUGAACCUGUUCAUCUCCGUCAUCCUGGUGGCGUUCACUCAAGAGCAAAUACAUCACAAGCCCUCAGAGGAGGAGGAGAUAGUGGAUCUGAUGCUGAUGAAGCUCUGCAGCUUGUUUGGAAUCAAAAUGAAGAAGGAGGAGAAAGAAGAUGGUGACAGCCCCAAGGAGGAUGGCAUGACUGCCUCAGCAACUAACAAAGGAUUCUCCACUAUAUCCUCAUAGAUGUUACUUCUAAGUACUGGUGUAUCACUCUGUAUGUAUUCAUAGUGA